AGCUAUGGUUAAAUGGAGAGAGAGAGAGAGCAGCGAGUGAAGUGAGGAAAGGUGAAGUGGAUAGAAAGGAACGAAAUGGGGGGAGCAGGACAGGCGAUGAAGAGAAUUCCCCGCAUCAGAUUUCCGCAAAGACACCAAAAUUCAUCAAGCUCAGGUUCUGUUUCCCAGGCACCAGUAGCUUCAAGCCAUGAGAACUCUAUAACUUUAGAAUCGGAUGUUCCGGCACCACCCACCAACACUGCUGUGGGAGGGAAUGCAUCGGUUCAGCCAAAACGUACACCAGUCUCAGAGAGGGAAAUAGAAGCUAUCCUUUUGGGUGGCUGCUUCUGAUCUUUCAAUCCGGGAAGCCUUGGUGUGAGGAUUUCUUCACGCCAUUGACGGAAUGGAGCUGGAAAUGAGAGUUUUUCAAGAUUAAGAUUGAACAUCCCCUAUAAAAGCCCAUAAAGGUUGAAUGUGCUCCUUUUUGAAACCAGUCGGUUUUCAGCAAUGCUUUAUUAUGCAAUUCAUGUUGCGAACUGGGGAUAGACUGAAACAUCUAAUCUAAUAAAUCUACUUUAGACCAUGGCUA